AUGGAGAGUUUGUACAAUAGGAAUUAUAGAGGGACUCUAAUUGAUAAUAAAUGGCAUCACAUUGCUAUGACAUGGGACAGCAGUAACAAUGGUCAGUUGUUUGUCUAUGUUGAUGGUGUGCAGCGUGGUGCUAAAAACGUCGCUGCUGGUCAAACGAUYCCAAGCGGUGUUCUUUACCUGGGUCAGGAAAUGGAUGCAUACAAUGGAGCCUUUUCUGAURGAGAUGCUCUUCAAGGACAACUCACCAAGGUUCAGAUGUGGAGUCGAGUCUUAUCAGAAGCCGAAGUCAGUUCUCUGGCUUCUAAUAGAUGUGAUGAUCCUUUGGUUGGGAACCUAAUCCAAUGGUCAGAACUCCUGGACAAGCGAUCUGGACAGGUGACCAUCAACAAUGAACCAUGCCAACCUUGA